UUUUCCAUGGAUACAACCUUGGAACCGCGCCUCCCACCGAUACAAUCUUGGAUCCCACCAUUACUGUACCUCUCAUCGAUUCUUCUUCGCAAUUGCGUCCUUCUGAAAAUUCUUCUUCCAGUCCGUAUUUUAUGCAUCACAACGAUACCUCCAAUUUGGUUCUUGUUUCUAAACCUCUUACUAAUAGCAAUUAUGUCUCAUGGAGUCGUUCCAUGACCAUUGCUCUUUCCAUCAAGAACAAGCUUGGUUUCAUCAACGGAUCUCUUCCGAAACCGGCUGGUGACCUUCUUCCGGUAUGGAUUCGCAACAAACACGUUGUCAUCGCCUGGUUCCUCAAUUCGGUUUCGAAGCCGAUUUCUGCGAGUUUAAUUUUUACUAAUUCCACUCAUGAGAUCUGGUUGGACUUGAAGGAUCGUUUUCAGCUACAGAAUGGACCUCAGAUUUUUCAACUUCGACGUGAUCUUGCUACUCUCACUCAGGAUCAACUUUCUGUUACCAUGUAUUAUACGAAACUCAAAGCACUAUGGGAUGAGUAUGUUUCUUAUCGGCCAGGUUGUACUUGUGGUUCCUGUUCUUGUGGAGGUUAUCGAUUAGUUGAGAAAUUUGUGCAAUUCGAGCAUCUCAUGAAAUUUCUGAUGGGACUAAAUGAGUCUUUUGCUCACAUUAGGGCACAAAUUCUUCUCAUGGAUCCUCCUCCCUCAAUUGGCAAAGCUUUCUCUCUGAUUUCUCAAGAAGAACAACAGAGAGUCAUUCCUCUGUUCUCCACACCAUCGCCUGCUGUUGGCCUUGCUGUAAAUCAGUCACGUUCAUCAUCUGCUUCGAAUUCUGGAUCUCGACAGCGCAAUUCUAGUUGUCCUUAUUGCACUAAUUGCGGCAUUCGAGGACAUACGGUUGAUAAAUGCUAUCGUCUUCAUGGCUUUCCAUCUGGCUAUCGUUCCAAAGGCAACCAACAUUCAUCGACUCCAUCGAUGACUUCAUCUGUGUCUAGUACCACGAGUUCCUCUCCUGCUUCUAAUUCACCUUCGACUGCUAUUGUGAAUUCGAUCUCCCARACGUCUGCCUCUUCAUCCCUUAUUUCACCAAUGACUUCUGAUGCGUUCUCUCAGUGUCACAACAUUCUCAAUAUGCUCCAGUCUCAACUGAAUGCUGCCAAGACUGAUUCUGAGGCUUCUCCUUAUUUGGCAGGAAAAGUCCACUUUCAGGACGAUUGGCAAGGGUAGGCUUCAUGAUGGCCUUUACAUUUUGGAUACUUUUGAUCCGGUGCUGUGGAUCAUUCUGCCCAUCCAUGUGGCGUUGCUGCUCAUAUUUUUCCAGCCUCUUUAUGGCAUGCCAGGCUUGGACACCCUUCUUGUACUCGCCUUCAUGCAUUGGUGAAAUCUGUUUUGCAUUGUGAUUCUACUAAACUUGAUAAGCAUGAGUUUUGUGAUAUAUGUUCCUUAGCUAAGCAGAAAAGAUCGUCUUUUAUUUCUAAGAAUAAUCUUGUUGUUUCUACCUUCGAUAUUGUUCAUGUUGACAUAUGGGGGCCUUUUGGUACUACAUCUCAUGCUGGUUAUAAGUCCUUUCUUACAUAGUAGAUGAUUGUACUCGAUACACA